UGCUCGCUGAGUUCUUCGCCCACUGCUUCCGCGUCUUCUUCCCGAAUCCCCAGGUCCUCUGCUUAGCCUGAGUCCCCGACGAGCUCGGGUACCCGGGAUAUUCCUCCGGAGGACGGCGGGUCACCCCGGUGGCCCAAAACGAUGUGUUCUUUUUUGCAAUGGGGAUGGAAGAGUGGUUUAAACUAUAAUUCCAGGGCUUGGCCUUUUGGAUGCUACCUGGGAAAAGAAACAGGGAAGAUUUCUUCUAAUAUGGUUGCAGAAAGACUGUGUCUUCUCUGCUGCAUGAGGCCCAAGUGGCUGUGUCUCAGAUCUGUCUCCCUGUGACCUACACCUGCUGAGAUCCAUAGGAAGGAUGUCUGGACUCCUCAGAAGGCAGGAAGUGACCUUAGUGGCCUUUGAGGAUGUGGCUGUGAACUUCACCCAGGAGGAGUGGGCUCUGCUUGAUCUUUCCCAGAAGAAUCUCCACAGAGAUGUGAUGCAGGAAGUACUUAGAAACCUGGCUUCUAUAGGAGACAGAUGGGAAGACCAAAAUGUUGAAGAUCAGAACACAAAUCCUGGGAGAGAUGUAAGGCAUAUCAUAUCUCACUGUGCAAACAAAUCAUAUAAGAAUGAGGAGUGUGGAGGGAAGCCAUAUGAAGUUAAACAGAACAGGAAAUCCUUCAUUUCUCUCACAAGUGUUCAAAGACAAGUGUCAGUGCAUGAUGUCAAUGGACUUUAUGGAUAUUUGACGUGCAGAAAAGAGUUCAAUUGUUUCAGGAGUUUUGAAAAAUGUGGACAAUCUCAUACUGGGGAGAAGAUAUAUGGAAGUAAGCAACCUGGGGAAGACUUAACUUGUUCCAGUUCCCUUCGAAAGUAUAAUAGAACACAUACUGGAGAGAAUCCUUACCAAUGUGAAAAGUGUGGGAAAGCCUUUGCUAGAUCCAGUCACCUUUGUUCACAUAAAAAAUCUCAUACUCUAAAGAAGCCCUAUGAAUGUAAACAAUGUGGAAAAACCUUCCCCUGGCCUUCUUCCCUUCAAGUACAUGAACGAACUCAUACUGGAGAGAAGCCUUUUAAAUGUAAACAAUGUGGGAAAGCCUUUGCUAGAUCCAGUCACCUUCGUGCACAUGAAGAAACUCAUUCUGCAGAGAAGCCCUAUGAAUGUAAACAGUGUGGGAAAGCCUUUGCUACAUCCAGUCGCCUUCGUGCACAUGAAAAAACUCAUACGGUAAAGAAGCCCUAUGAAUGCAAAGAAUGUGGAAAAGCCUUCGCUUGGCCGUCUUCCCUUCAAAUACAUAAACGAACUCAUACUGGAGAGAAGCCUUUUAAAUGUAAACAAUGUGGGAAAGCGUUUGCUACAUCCCGUCACCUUCCCUCACAUGAAGAAACUCAUACUGCAGAGAAGCCCUAUGAAUGUAAACAGUGUGGGAAAGCCUUUGCUGCAUCCAGUCAUCUUCAUGCACAUGAAAAAACUCAUACUAUUAAGAAACCCUAUGAAUGCAAACAAUGUGGAAAAGCCUUCCGCUGGCCCUAUUCCCUUCAAAUACAUAAACGAACGCAUACUGGAGAGAAGCCCUAUAAAUGUAAAAAAUGUGGGAAAGCCUUUGGUAGAUCUAGUUACCUUCGCUCACAUGAAGAAACUCAUACUGUAGAGAAGCCCUAUGAAUGUAAACAAUGUGGGAAAGCCUUUGCUACAUCCAGUCACCUUCACUCACAUGAAAAAUAUCAUAGUAUAAAGAAGCCCUAUGAAUGCAAACAAUGUGGGAAAGCCUUCCCCUGGCCCUCUUCCCUUCAAAUACAUGAACGAACUCAUACUGGAGAGAAGCCUUUUAAAUGUAAACAAUGUGGGAAAGCCUUUAGUUGUUCCACUUAUCUUCAUGUGCAUGAACAGACUCACAUUGGAGUGAAGCCCUAUAAAUGUAAAUAAUGUUUAAAAGCCUUCACUUCUUCCUCUUCCCUUCAAAUACAUAAACAAACUCAUAUUGGAGAGAAGCCCUAUGAAUGUAAACAAUGUGGAAAAGCCUUCCCCUGGCCCUUUUUCCCUUCAAACGUGAACAAACUCAUAUAAAUGUAUACAAAUAUAAAUAAAUUUAAACAAAGCCUUUAUUUUACCCCUAUCUUCAUGUGCAUGAACAGAUUUACAUUAGAAAGAAGCCUUAUGAAUUAAACAACGUGGGAACACCUUCACCUGGUCCUCUCACCUUCAAAUACGUAAACACUCAUACUGGAGAGAAGCCCUAUCAGGGUAAACAAUGUGGGAAAGACUUUGCAUCAUCCAGUUACCUUCACUCACAUGAAAUAACUCAUACUGUAAGGAAGCCCUAUGAAUGUAAACAAUGUGGGAAAGACUUUGUAUUAAGCUCUCAGCUUCACAAACAUAAAAGAACUCAUAUAAGAAAGAAGCCCUAUGAAUGUAAACAACCUUGAAGAGGUUUGGCUAUAUUCAGUCAGCUUCACUCACAUGAAUGAACUUAUAUAGGAAAUGAGACCUAUGAAUGUAAACAAAGUGAGAAAGCCUUCACUAGGUCCUCUUAACCUUCAAAUACAUAAUUAAACUCAUACUGGAGAGAAGCCCUAUGAAUUUAAGCAGUGUGGCAAAGCCUUCACGCAGUCCAUUCCACUUCAUCCACAUGAACGAAUUCAUACAGGAAAGAAUGUUAUGAAUGUAAACAACAUGGGAAAGGCUUUGCUUCAUUUGAUGGCUUUUAGUCCCAUGAAAAAACUGAUACUGGAGAGAAGCCUCAUGUAUGUAAGCAUUGUGGUCACACUUAGUUUUACCAUUCAUCUUCACAUGCAUGAACAGACUUACCCUGGAGAGAAGCUCUAUGAAGAUAAAUAAUGUAUUAAAAUUUUCAUAUUUUCUCCCUUUUCCUAAAAUAUAAGUGAACAAUCUCAUAGAGGAGAAAGACCCUAUGACGUAAGUGUUGUGGUAACAACUUCAAUAGUUUGGCUUCUUCAAAUACAUAAGAAAACUCAUAAUGGGAAAAAACAUUAUGAAUGUAUACAAGGAAAGCCUUUACUUCUUCCUGUGGGUUUUACAUACAUAUAUUUAUUCUAAAGAAGAGUCAUUUGAAUGUAAACAGUAGGGCAAAACAUUUACAAGUUGUGAUUGUCUUCAUGUACAUGAAAUAAAUCAUACUGGAGAGAGGCCUCUUGAAUAUAAACAGUGUGGUACACCCUUUGCUUAUUCCAAUUCAGUUUGAAAACACCAGAGAACUCAUACUGCAGAGAGCCUGUAUGAAUGUAAACAGUCUGGAAAAGUUUAGUACUUCCACUCACCUUCAAGAACAGAUGCACUUAUACUGCUGAGCAAGUAUAAUGUAAGCAAUGCCGGAAAGGUUUCACUUAUUGUUAUCAGCUUUAAAUCAUAAAUUCAUACUGGAUAGAAGUAUUAUGGCUGUCAAAAUGUGUGAAAGCCUUUAAUUGAUCUUUCUACCUUCAAAUACAAGAACAAACACACUGGUGAGUGUUAUGGUUUGAGUCUAAUCAAUAUAGAUUAUAGAUUGUAGAUAUAAGAUAUUGAUAAGCAGAAUAAAUAAGAUAAAAAAAUAAGUACUAUGGGAUAAAUAAUGUUAAAUUGCCCUGUAAUAAGUUAGAAGUAAGCAUAGAACAUAAGUUCAUUAGGAGUAAGCCUAAGUAAUAGUAGUAAAUCAUGUAAUUGUAAGAUUUAGGAUUUAAGCUACAGGAAAUAAAAUAUAGAACAGUGUGAGGUGAUAAAUCAGUAGGCCAGUAGAGUUAUAGAUAAACAGAUAUAGAUAAGGUUAAAUCAAUAUAGCCAUAGACAAAUAUAGAUUGGUAUAGCCAUAAUGACUCAAUUUUUAUAACUCCUCUAUGAACUCUCAUAUAAGUUAUUUUUAAGAUGCUAAAAAAAAAAAAUUUUGUUUUUCUGUACUUGAGCACAGGAUGUAAACCCAUAAAUGUUCUCGAACCCAGGAUGUAGUUGUCUGUUUUUGCUCCCUGCUUUCUCAGCACUUGUAUCCUGCUUGCUUACAACUUGCAGAUUCUGUAGGAUGUGGUUUUCUUCCUUAAAUACUCUGGCCAUAGACAAUUUGAAGCUGUUCUCCCAUAGGGUUGCUUGGACUCUGUUAGGGGUCUCUGGCCAGAUAAUAAAGACUCUCAAAUUUUCUUUAAGUUUGGACUUAGAGAGUUUUCUGAGUGAUCAUCCCAUAACAGUGAGAAGCCCUUUGAAUAUAAACAAGGUAGUGAAAACUUCAUAUGCUGCAGUUACAUUCAAAAUCAAGAAGUAACUCAUAUUAGAAUAAUGCUAUACUAAUAUAAAGAAUCAGAAAAGUGGUGCAGUUCCCUAAUAAGCCUUAAAGAAAUGGUAAUGUAGAAAUGCACUUUGCAUGCAAAAAUUGUGGCAAAUUUUUCAGUUUCCCUAGUCAUCUUCAAAUACAUGAAAGGAUUCACAUGACAGAAACUCUGAACAUUAAAACAUGGUAAGUCAGUUUCCCCACUUGCUUUCAAAGCCAUUUCACUCACAGUAGGGAGAAAACCUUCUAAAUGUGUGAUAUUUACUUCCUAUACAUGAAAGGUAAUGGAACAAAGAAAUGUGUGUAAGUGUCCAAUUUUUCCAAUUCUUUUGAAGAACAUAAAACAAUUUGCACAGGGUGAGAAAUUCUGAAAAAGAAAUCGGAUACAGUCUUCACAUGUUCCAGUUUGAUUUAUGUGUCAGACUGGAUUUCCACUGAAUUGACAAUAAUAGUAGAGAAAAAUCAACCUCAGGGAGGGAAGAUUUAUUUUGUCCAUGACUGGCUGACUGCCUUGCUUUAGGCCUGAGGUGGAGCAGAACAUAAUGUGGAAUGGUGUAGGAGGGUAGACCUACUUACCUCAUGGCAGCUGCGGAGGAGGGUGAGAGUGAACCAAGCCCAUCCCUAGUUGUCUUACAGGUUUGGAUUAUGCAGAGUGCAGCUGUGGCCUUUCUAUUUUCUGUGUGUCUGCUUCCCUUGAUACUGUAGUGUGCAGCCUUGAUGGGGUUUAUAUCCUUGGUGCCUGAUGGUACAGGUACUGAUUGGUAAAGGAAGAGGAAACAAUGGUGUUUGCUUCCAAUAAAGCAUGGGAGAGGCUACCCCCAGUGUUCUGAGGGCAAACUCCUUUGUCAGUGUGGGUUUCCUUGGCACUGCUGUUUGCCAUCAUUUCAGAAGUCGGAUGAGAAAAAGUUUUGAUGUCCUUGGAGAAAAUGACACUGCAUUGUGUACUAUCCUGAACAAGAAUAAAUCACAUUUCCUGAAGAUUGA